UGCAACAUGGAUUUGUCGAUGAAGAACGGCAAGAAGUUGCGCCUCGAAGACUUUCUUCUUCAGAACCUAGACGCUGCACCGGCCCCCCGAGUGAUCGAGUGGGUCGACAGAGACGCGGGUGUGUUUAGGGUGCUAUGGACCCACCAGAGCAGCGGGGCCUUCCACCACGACGAUGCGGCCCUCUUCCGAUACUGGGCCCUGGCCCGAGGCAAAUGGCCGCUGCCGUCUUCAGUGGAGCUGAAGCAGAGUCUGCGUAUGGCGCUCAAUAAAUCUCCGUCGGUGAGUCGACUGCCGGCCAACGCUUCUGCACCUGACUACAGAUACUUCCGCUUUGUCGAUAAAUCACGAUUGAAACACAAGCGGAGCAAGCAGUCGUCAAUUCACAGCUGUGGCUCCGACUCCAAGCAGUUCCAAUAUCAUCUACAGGAGUACCCGUUAAAUCUUUCUCUCCAUUCAACCAAAGAAAACUUUUAUGGGAGCCAAAAACUCAAGGAAGAGUACCGGGAAUUGUCCGAUUUCACAGGGAAUGAUCAAGGUUAUGUAAAUAAUUUUCAAUGUUUCGAGAAACGUGCAAUAAUUAACGAAGAUGUAUGCAUCGAAGAUCAAAGCAUUGAGUGUAAGGUUGGAUGUUGUGAUUACGUGAUUCAAAGUAACAGCCAAAAUAAAAAUCUUCAUUGCCUGGCAAAUGAUAUUUCUCUGGUGAGAAACGGAGAAAAUUUUUCAGCUUAUGGAACUGACUAUAACGAUUAUAACGUAGACAUUUGGAAAAAUAUAAAUUACAAACAUGAAAGCGUAAACUGCGGUAAUGAUUUCUCUAAUUGGAAUGAUUUAUCGAUAAAAGUUGACGUUCACGAGGCUCAUAUUUUUGACAAUCGUAUUCGAAAACAAUGUGAAGAACAGGUGCAGGACUUGGUCCCUGAGUACAGUUCCCGUUAUCAUGGAACAAUCGAGAGCAAUUGCGUUAGUCACGAGUCUGGUUAUUGCUUUUCAGAUAACUUUGAUUAUAUAAAUAUCAAUAAACAUCACUAAUCUAUAUUGAAUGAUUUGUCAAUAAUUGAAUAAUAUUGAAUGAUUUGUCUUGUGCACUAGCUUGAUGAAUGUGGUCACUAAAGCCAUGACCGAUGUUUGACGACUCUAAAAGUCAUAGGAACACAUAGUGGUGACCUUGUACGAAAACUUUAUUGAACUUCCGUAUUUCAGACAAACUGUAAGCAUGAGGUUAGAAAAAUCUAUAGUAUCGUAAACGUA